AUAAUGUCAUAAUAUAUCAAAUAUUUAUUGGAACUGUAUUUUAGAAAUUAGGCUGUCUAAUUUUGUAGAUUGUGUUUGAUAAUUUUGUGAGAUUUUCUUGCUAUGCCAAGAAGUAUCAUAGAAUAUUUUGCGGAAAAUGAAAAAAGUAAAUGUGGAUAUUGCAAGAAGCCUGCAUCAAAUUAUAGCCAUGGUUUAUGGGCCCAUUCAAUGUCCGUUUCGGACUACCAAGACCUCAUAGACAGAGGCUGGAGACGAUCAGGAAAAUAUUGUUACAAACCAACCUUAGAUAUUAUUUGCUGCCCCAUGUAUACUAUUAGAUGCAGAGCAUUAGAAUUUAAAGCAUCCAAGUCACAGAAGAAAGUAUUAAAAAGAUUUAAUAAGUAUUUAACUGGUGAAUAUGAUCUGGCGAGUGCUGAAAGAAAAGCAUCAAGUUCGAGUGAGGAAAUGAAUGUAGAUGAAUCUGGUGGUGAACUUUUUGUUAAAUGUAAACAGGAGCCACUUAAAAUUGAUAUUGAGGCAGACCUUAAGUAUAAUGACAGCCCAGGUGAUAGUAAGUGUGAAGAUACUGUACAACCAUCUAAUUCAAAUUAUAAAUCGGGGUCAGACAAAAUCAAAGUAAACAGCAAUACAGAGCAGGGUCCUGAUCCUACUAAACCUUCUUGUAAAAAAGCUAAACAGAUGAGAAUAGAACGUAAAUUAGAAAAACUUAAAGCCCAAGGGAAAGAUAUAAAUAUUGUCACAAAUACUCGAAGUAAAGAGAAACAAAUUGAAGACUUUAUUAAAGAUCUGCCAGAGGAAACUAAAAAUAAAUUAGAGAUAAAAUUAGUUAGAACAACUUCAUCAAGUGCGGAAUGGAGAGCAACAGCCAACGAAACACAUGCAGUGUAUGUCAAAUACCAAAUGGCUAUUCAUGGAGACACUGCAGAGAAAUGUACCGAACCAAAGUUUAGAGAAUUCCUUGUGCAGAGUCCAUUAGUGGAGGAAUACUCCGAAGUGGGUCCACCCUGCGGCUAUGGUUCCUUCCACCAACAAUACAGGUUAAAUGGCAAAAUAAUAGCAGUGGGUGUACUGGAUAUAUUGCCAAAGUGUGUUUCUUCUGUAUAUUUCUUCUAUGAUCCACAGUAUACAAACCUCACUAUGGGCACUUAUGGAACAUUGAGAGAGAUUGAAUUUACGCGCCAUCUCCAUUUAAUAUGCCCUGAACUAAAAUACUAUUACAUGGGCUUCUACAUACACUCAUGUAAAAAAAUGAGAUAUAAGGGCGCUUUCACACCGUCGGACCUCCUUUGCCCCGAGACCUACAAUUGGUUUCCAAUUAAGGACUGUAUACCAAAAUUAGAACAAUCCCCAUACUCAAGACUUGAUCCGGACUUGAGUAGAGUUGAUAAAAAUAUCCCAACUGAUAUUGAUAUUAAUUUUAUCCCGGUUUUGUGUAAAAGUCAAUUGUUGUCAUAUAAAGUCUAUCGGAAGAAAGAAGGUAAGAGAAAUGAUGAUGCUCAGGAAAUAGUGCAGUAUGCAAAUUUGGUUGGUGCAAAGUCUGCUAAAAGCUUAAUUUUGGUUAGGUAAUUGAUUUAUUAGUAAAUAUUUUGUGGGUACUUAAUAUAAUAGUUAAUUCGAAAAUUAAAAAAGCCAUAAUCAAUUUUGUGCAUUGAUAGCUAAAUAUAUAAAAAAAUGUGUGUGCUUUCCUUUUGUAGAGUUGAGAAUUUCUUUUAAACAUUUAAAUGAUUUAUUUAAUAAAAUUUAAAAGAUUUAAAAAAUCCUUUGUUCUAUAAUUACUUAAACAAAAGCUGUCUCAUAGUUAAAAUAUCUUUACAAUAAUAUUCAUAAUUGAAAUGUAUCUUUCAUCUCUAAAUAACAAUUUGAUCAUUAAUGUACAGAAAAUUAUUUUGAACUUAAGCUAGUCUUUUUUCUAAACUAUUAGUGUCUUCAUAGACAGUUACAGUUAAACAAAAACUAUGUUCAAAAAUCAGUUCCAUAGACUUUGUCAAAGAGUUUUUAAUUUAUUCAAGGCAUUUAAUUUUAUUAAAUUUCUGUACUGUUUCAUCAUCAAUAAUUUUAGUUUCAAUAUUAAUAAAACUAGUAGAACUAGGUUUGUUUUCCCACCAAUAAAACUAUAAGUUUAACAUAUAAAUGUAUAAUAUAACUAUACAUUUUAAACACGCAAUAUUGUAAAUACGGUUAAAUUUGUAAAAAUUGACGCGAGUUCUUGAUCGAUAUUACGAUUUUUGUUGGUUUUGAUAAAAACGAAAAACAUAAAGAUUCCUGUCCCCGUAAAAUUUCUCAUAAGCCCACGUUUUUUUUCAUUUAAAAAUAUUUAUAUUAUUCUAUCAUUUAAAUUACAUAUAAUAUGAAGUUUGUAUUCGCAAUAUCGUGUAUUCUUAGAUUAACGUAAAAUUUCUCCAUAUUUUUUUCUGUCUAUAUUUAAAUGAAUUAUUAAAACCAAUUAUUAUUGCUGUGUGCACCUAGGUAUUAAACGCUUUUCAAAUAUUUUCCAACAUAAUCUUGCUUCAAAUAUAACUUUUUUUCAACUUAACCUGAGUAACUGAUAGUUGAGGCUUAUAACAUAACAUAAUCAUGACAUAAAAUUUAAUUGAAGUCUUUUCCUGUUUUUAAACAUGUAGAUGUUAGUAAAAUUGCUGAUUAAAAAUCAGUUUAAAA